AUGGCUGAACGCUCUCCUGACCUGUCUCCCUGGGAGGAUGUCGAGUCGAGCUCUGACGAGGAACAAUUGUUCAACCUCGACAACAAUUUGACCACAAAUGAGUACGACUCUGAUGAUUCCUGGAUCGCCAUCAAGCUACACCGUAUGCACCCACCUAUGCAAGCCUCCUCUCGUUCCCUCGCUUUACAUCAGCCCCAGCACUGUAGUCAUUUAGCGGAAAGGAGAUGCGCGAUCAACGUCUCUGGCCAAUGCUGCGAAUGCUCUGACAAGCGCUCACGAACUGAAUCCGGUCUGUACUCUACGUAUGUUGACGGCCGAGGUUGGGUUGAGAAGGCAACUCGCUGGGCGUAUUACUGCCCUGGUUGCAAGGACUACCAUGAGACCGCUGUACUCAACCAGGUUAUGGAAAGAUUACAGAGGCGUGCAGCGCAGCACGAAGAAGCACAACAGCAGUUUGCAAUUUCUCAGUGCGAGCACUGGCUGGAAAGAGAAUGCUCCAUCACAAAUACCGGCAAGUGCUGCGCUUGCUCUGAUCUUCGCCCAGGCACAAGUUCUCAGCUCUACCCGGCCUAUGUAGACGGUAAGGGUUGGGUAGCUGACGUUUCGAGAUGGGCACACUACUGGUAA